AGACCACCUCGGAAACCGGUUUCGCGGGGAGAUGGGGACUGAACCACUGGAACAGGUCACCUGGUCGACCCUCUACUCUGGGGAUAGUGACGAUGUCUACCCUUCAGUGACUCUACCAGAACUCUGCCAUAAGGCUGAUGUCCAGUCUUUCAGCAGGGCCUUUCAGCCAAGUAUCUCUCUCACAGUAGCUGCCUUUGGCCUGGCAGGCAAUGGCCUUGUCUUGGCCACCCACCUCGCUGCCCACCGAGCAGCCCGCUCACCAACCUCAGCUCAUUUACUCCAGCUGGCCUUGGCAGAUCUACUUCUGGCAUUGACCUUGCCCUUCGCAGCAGCCGGAGCUCUGCAAGGAUGGACACUGGGCAGUAUUCUCUGCCGAACAGUCUCAGGCCUCUACUCCGCCUCCUUCCAUGCAGGCUUCCUUUUCUUAGCUUGCAUAAGUGCUGAUCGCUACGUGGCCAUAGCUCAGGCUUCCCCAGGGGGCCACAGGCCCCCAGCUCCUGGGAGGACCCAUGUGGUCUCCGCAGCAAUCUGGCUGCUUUCCCUGCUCCUGGCGCUGCCCUCUCUCCUCUAUGGCCAAGAUGGGCAUCGAGAUGGGCAAAGGCGAUGCCGACUGGUAUUUCCUGAGGGUCUGACCCAGGCAGUCAAGGGGGCCAGCGCCGUAGCCCAGGUGAUCCUGGGCUUUGCGCUGCCCCUCGCAGUCAUGGUGGCCUGUUACGCCCUGUUGGGCCGGACACUGUUAGCCGCCAGAGGGCCAGAACGUCGCCGAGCCCUGCGCGUUGUGGUGGCCUUGGUGGUGGCUUUCGUGGUCCUGCAGUUACCCUACAGCCUAGCCUUGUUGUUGGACACCACAGACCUGCUGACUGCCAGAGAGCGAAGUUGUUCAGCUAGCAAGCGCAAGGAUAUGGCACUGUUGGUGACCGGUGGUCUGGCCCUUGCUCGUUGUGGCCUCAAUCCUGUACUCUACGCCUUCCUAGGGCUUCGCUUUCGCCAGGACCUCAGGAGAUUGCUUCGAGAGAAGCAAAUUGAGAUACAGACAGGAAAGUGACCUGCCUCGGGGGCCGGAGUUCCCGCGGCCCUUUCUCCAUCUUUUCUGCACACAGGGCCGGAGGAAACGGGAUGAGCCUGCAGGAGAGAGGAAGAACUUCCUGACUAUUAAGGGUAGAAAGUCUGGAAAGGGGAGGGGAAGAGUGAGGGGUGUGUCCAUCCCAGGAGACCACCUUCUGUCUGUCCAAGCUAGGGAGGGAUCUCUUUGGUGGAGGUCAGUCGCUGACCUCUGGGGAAAGUCCCUUUAAAUCCUGCUCUUUCUAACCAGAGGCAAACCUCCAAGGCACACGUGACCGACCCCAAGGGUAUUUUUUCACAGCCUAGGGCUGAGCCUGCUCUCAACAGUGGACGGAGGAGGGGCGGGGUGGGGUCUGGGCGGAGCCCCGGCAGAGCCCCUCCCCAGUGUGCCUUCUUAACUCCGGCGGGUCUAUCUUCUUGGGACCCCCUGCGGCCCUAUUGGAGCCUGGAUCUGGGAAACCGCUCCAAGUUCGGCCUCAGUCUCCUCCAGGGGCCGCGAGGGAGAGGGAGAGAGAUGGGGGGAGGCGGCGCUGAUUCCCAGGGAGGGCAUAACACUCCAGCCGCUGGGGACUCGAGUCCCGAACCCUUCACCCAGAGACUGCGGGAAGCGCUGCUGAGUCAGCAGCGCGCGCUCCCGACCCUCCGCCUGUGCACGCCCGGACUCUCUCUGGGCCCCUCCCUCAGAAUCCUUGCCUUCCCCUUCUCCCGACCGAGCGACUUGGUUAACUCCUUCCUACCCUGGACCGCAUGAGGCUGGAGGAGGAGGCUGAAUGGGUGUCAGGGAUGGGAGUAGAGAUGGGGGAGGGGGUAGGGAAGUAAUUCUUACACCUAGCCUAGACCUCCCGGGCUCCCUCCCAUCCAGGAUACAACUUCCCAGCUCGAGUUUUGGGGGAAGUUUUGAGCUCGAAAACUGUAAUUCCUAUUCUUGCCCUCCGUGGACUAAGUGCUUGCCUCAGUUUCCCCCCCACCCGCCCCGGAAAGGAGGUUGGCCCGGGUAGAGAGUAACAAGUUUUCUUCCUUCUACAGAAGAUCGAGGAAAAUACCCUUUCCACUUAGGCCGGGCCGAGUCCCGAGAAAACUUUCCCACACCUGCCCCUGGGACCAAGGCUCAGAUCUCGUAGGACCAGAAAAAAGUACCCUGAACUCCCUCUAUACUAUCUAUCUUUUCUCGCCCCAAGCACCUUGUCCCCCUGCCACUGGAGAAUCUGCUUCAAGAAGAUCCUUCUUCCAGGAUUUUUUUCAGCCUGUCAUUUUAUUUUUUUAUUUAAAAAUUUCCAUGAAAAAAACUCCCUCCCACCUCCCCUCCUCCACUGAAAAAGAAAAACUCUUAUAACAAGUAUGCAUAAUGAAAAAUAUGCAUAAACUAAUUCCUCAUUGGCCAUGUCCAAAAAAUACAUAUCUCAAUCUACACCCUGAGUCCAUCACUUUUCGCGCCUCCUCGUCAAGUUUAAGCUCUUUGGGAAGGAACUUAAAGGGUUAAAAGCAGAGCGUGGAGGCGGGGCUGUCUUGGCGUCUAACACCCCCCUCUGGACCUCAGAGACCGGGGCGUGGUUAACAUCUCUUCGCUCCUUCUCUCCCUCGCCUUAGCCCGCCCCUCCUGGCUGUCACUAAGCCAGGGGGCACAUGAUGCAACCCGCCGCUACCUCCAUUACCCAAUUGGCUGAAGCUCCCGGCGCCAGGCACUGGAAUUGGUUAAAAGAGGCUGUGACGACAGGCAGACCCUGCCUUGUUCUGGGAGAGGGGAGGGGAGAAAAAAGAAG